UAACUACCCCUCAAGUCACAACAGCAACGCCAACGACAACAUGUUCAACAACAUCAGUAGUGCCAGUUAGUCAUUCAACGCCGAUGGAAAUAAACACAAGUGCAAAUGUUCGAUCUGAUCACACAGCCAGACAAACAAGUUCGACAAAGAAACUCCUCAAACACCCUAAAACAGGCCCAUCGAGCAUGCCUCCAACAAUACGUCCAUCAGAUAUCUAUACCAUCCACUUCAAGACGGCGUUGUCAUCCGCAGAUGUCGACGAUGUCGUUGCGAGUUUAACCACAUUCGCCAAGGAUCACAUAUGCCACCACAACCUCCCCCACGUCCUUCCUCAGUCUCACACGGCGAAGAAUGCCAUCUCCUUCGGCGUUCUCUGUGACAGUACCCAGGAAACCACCAGUGACAUACAGAAAGCAAUCUCUUCAGUCAAAGAAGAAGACAUUCAGAAACUGUUUUCAAAACAGCUUGUUUCGAGAAAUACUGAAAACGAUGACAAUUCGUUAAAG